AUGUUAGCCCAGUCAAUUGUGAGCGUGUUUGCGGCGCUCUUCCUAUGCAUCACUGGUGUGCUAGCCAAUGCCAACAGCUACUCGCCGGUGGCACUGAUGCUACCUUCAUUCAGCAAAGAAUGUUUAUAUUAUGAUCUAAAGUCCAACGAUGAUUCGCUUGUCAUAAGCUAUCAAGUCUUGACCGGUGGCAACUUCGAAAUUGACUUUGAGAUAACUGCACCCGAUGGAAGAGCAAUUGCCACAGAGACGCACAAGAAGUAUUCAGACUUCCUACUCAAGUCGUUCGGCUUGGGCGAAUACUCUUUCUGCUUUUCCAACAACUACGGGACUGCUUUGAAGAAGGUGGAGGUCACCUUGGAACUGGAGAAAGAAAAUUUGGGCGCCAACGCCGCUCCCGAAGACGCCAUCGCGAAUAACGCUAUUGAGGAGAUUGAAAGAAACCUCAACAAAAUCACGAAAAUGAUGAAUUACCUCAGAGCUAGAGAGUGGAGAAACAUGUACACUGUCAAAUCUACAGAGAGUAGGUUAGUGUGGAUGUCCAUGUUGACCAUGGGCUUGACGGUUGGCAUUAGCGUAAUCCAGGCUGCGAUUGUUCAAUUUUUGUUCAAAGACCGUCAAAAGAACUACGUCUAA